AUGGCGCUGAGCACACGCUUCGAAAUGACGGAUCUCGGCGAGCUCAAUUACUUUCUCGUCAUGGAGAUCAAAAACGACCGUAAGACUGUAAUGGUGACUGUGCGACAAACCAAGUUUCUCAAGUCCGUGUUGACCAAGUUUGGAAUGGAUAACAGCAAGCUAGUGAAGACGCCUCAAGAUCCCGGUCUGAAGCUCACCAAGAGCAUGUGUGACCAAGAAUGCAAGCACGAAGACACCAUGUGCAACGUGCCAUAUCGAAGUGCUGUCGGAGGCAUCAUGAUGGCAACAGCUUUUUUGGGGGAUAUGUCUUACCUUGGGGACAAAUGA